AUGGAAGACACUAAGGAAGCAAUUAUUGCCAUGGGGUCACAGAACCUCGUAAGAAACGGUAACAGCAAUGUGUACCUUUCAUUAAACAAUUACGCAAACAAUUACUCAAGCAGUUACGCGAAUGGCACUACAAAGGAAAACAAAGCAAACACCAAAUUGGUGAAAAGUAACGUUUUGAGCAUUUUCAGCUAUACACUAAAGUAUAUGAACAAAAAGAGUCUGAACAAAUGGCUCAGGAAUAAUAUUAAGGCGCCUUUCUAUGACACCUUUGUGCCUCGAAACAAACCCAUAGCCUACAUACGCUUUAAGUCUUUAGAAGAUUUAAAAGUAUUCGAAAAGUUGAUAGAAAAUAAACGCAUCUACCCGAAUGAUAGCUUGUCAAUUAUUAAAAUUAACAAAUUCUCCAAGUAUGCUCAGAAGAGGAAGUUGUUUCAGGAGAACCAGCUCGAUGAAAAAGAUAAUGAUGGACAGCAGGUCGAGCACCCCUACAAUGGUGAGGAAGACAACCACCUUGGAGAUAAUAACCAUAGUAGUAAAAAAAAAGCCAAGAGACAAAAAAUGGAAAGGUCAGUGGCGGAAAACAUAAAGAGGGAGACAACGGAAGAGGAUCAAUUGCCAGAUCUACAAACCAUUAUCAAAAUGAACAAGACACAAAAGAUUAAAAGCAUAGAGAACUUUGUAACUCCUUUUUAUAAAUACCCUUAUGAAAAUCAAAUUAAAAUUAAGCACCGAUUUUUACAAAAAUGCAAGGAUCAGAUUUUGACAAACUUGAGAAAUAAAUGGGAGAAACAGAGUAUACUUUUUGGGGACAUGGAAUCUGUCCACCCCGACGAUGAAGUCCAUAUGGGCAGCACGGGUGAGGCGAGUAGCGGAGGGAGCGCCAGUGCAGGCGCCCCGUCAAACAUGCACGGAGGAAACCCCACCAGCAAUAAUAACGGUGAAAAAAAGAAUAAGAAAAACGAAACGAGCAAAGACAGCUGUUUCAACAAAACUGUUCUCUGUGAUGUAAAGCCUAGCAGCUACAUCAGCAGGGAAUUUUCCGUAGACAAAAAAAUGAAAAAUUAUGAAUUUGAGGUUGAUAGCCCCUUGGUCCCAGACGAAAAAGGAAUCAAUGCGUACCGUAACAAAUGCGAGUUUACCAUUUCUUAUGACGAAAAUAACAAUGUCGAGAUUGGGUUUGUCACGGGGAAGAUGAAAACGGAUGUUAAUGACGCGGGUGAGGAUAAAAACGCCACCGAAGAUAACAACUGCAACUUUAGCGAACACAACAUAAGCAACAGUGCCUCUCCCAUGAACGAGUCCCAGAGCACAAAACUAAGGAACAAGAAGCAGAAGCAGGCGUACUAUUUGAACCCCAUCGUUAAGAGCGUCGACGACUGCGUGCACAUUCAUCCCUGCAUGAAGCAGGUAGUCCAGGAGAUGAAGAGCAUAAUUAAGGAUUCCAGUUACCCGGUCUUCGACAGGGUGUACAAAACAGGAGUCUGGAGAAUCCUCGUCGUGCGCUUCAACAGUAUGAAGGAGCUGAUGAUCACCGUGCAGACGUACUCACUAGAUCAAAAGAAAAAAAAGGAAAUCAAAAAGCUGCUGAUAAACAGGCUGACGAAGAAGAAGGACGAAGCGUGCAUGAGCUUCUCCGACUAUAAAGUUGUUUCGCUUUAUCUGCAGGAGCAUGAAAAUUCAAAUGACUCGACAAGCCAGUCCCCAAAUGAACACCUAUGGGGAGUGGAAUACUUGGAGGAAAUCAUCCUAAACAAUCGUUUCUUAUUAACACCGUCCUGUUUUUUUCAAGUCAAUCAUACCAGCUGUGAAAUUCUAUACAAGAGAGUCAUUGAUUAUAUCAACACAAGUGAGAAAAAAAAAAACUAUAUAUUUGACUUGUGUUGUGGCACGGGCACCAUAAGUAUUUGUGCUGCGAAUGAGCUGAAGGGGAAAGACGUACACAUCGUCGGCAUUGAUAUUUGUGAAGAUAGCAUUAUUUGUGCAAAUAAAAAUGCGGAAAUGAAUAAAAUUAAAAAUUAUAAAUUUAUUCAAGGGAGAGUGGAAGAAUUAUUUGCAAAUGAAAUUAAAAACGUAUCUGAGAAGAACUCCAACGUAAUAGUUAUUGUAGACCCCCCGAGAUGUGGCUUGGCGAAUAGCGUCCUAAACAUUUUGAGCUCCAACCAACUGAUUGGGCAGAUCAUUUACGUUUCGUGCAAUCCAAUUACCCUCAUUAGCAACGUAACACAUGUUUUGUUUCAAAACGAAAACCUGAAAAUCAAAAACCUCGUCUUUGUGGAUAUGUUCCCCCACACCUUCCACCUGGAGUGCAUCACCAAUAUGGUGAAGGGGUAG